ACUGGAAAAAAAAAAGAAAACCCAACAAAAAAAAGAUUGAAAGUUUGAGAGAGAGAGAGAGGGAUAGAGAGAGAGAGAGGGUUGUUGUUAAGGAUGAUGGAUCUAAGGAGAUUGGAGUUGGUGGUUGUGACGGUGGCGUUGACGGUGGUGGGUGAAUUUGGUCGUUGUAGUUUUGGAAACGUGGUGACUUUUGAUGUAAAACAUAAAUUUGCAGGUAAAGGAAAGAAUUUAAGUGCAGUGAAAGCUCAUGAUAUCCGUCGUCGCGGUAGACUUCUCUCUACCGUGGAUGUCGAUCUCCCUUUAGGUGGCAAUGGUGACCCCUCUGAAACUGGGCUUUAUUUUGCUAAAAUUGGAUUAGGAAAUCCAUCAAAGGACUAUUAUGUGCAAGUUGAUACUGGAAGUGACAUUCUAUGGGUGAAUUGUGGUGGAUGUGACAAAUGCCCCACAAAAAGUGAUCUUGGUAUACAAUUAACAUUAUAUGAUCCAAGGAGCUCGUCCACUUCAAGCCUGGUUUAUUGUGAUCAAGACUUUUGUACUUCGACCUAUGAUGGUCCACUCCCAGGUUGCAAGCCUUAUCUUCAGUGUCAAUAUAACGUUGUUUAUGGAGAUGGAAGCUCAACUGCUGGAUACUUUGUAAAGGACACCAUACAUCUCCAGCAGGUGACCGGAAACCUUCAGACUGGAUCUACAAAUGGGACUGUUAUAUUCGGGUGUGGUGCUAAACAAUCUGGAGAGUUAGGAUCAUCAAGUGAAGCACUAGAUGGGAUACUUGGAUUUGGACAAGCAAAUUCAUCUAUGAUUUCACAACUAGCUGCAGCUGGGAAAGUAAAAAGAAUGUUUGCACACUGUUUGGAUAAUAUAGAUGGGGGUGGAAUCUUUGCAAUUGGUGAAGUGGUAUCGCCAAAAGUGAAUACAACUCCUAUGGUUCCAAACCAGGCACAUUACAAUGUUGUAAUGAAGGGAGUUGAGGUUGGCGGUUCUCUACUAGAACUUCCAAGUGAUAUUUUUGACAGCGGAGAUCGAAAAGGAACAAUAGUUGAUAGUGGUACAACCUUAGCAUAUCUUCCCUCAACAAUUUAUGAACCACUAAUGAAUAAGAUUUUCUCCAAGCAGCCCACAUUGAAAUUACAUACUGUAGAGGACCAAUUUACUUGUUUUACGUUUGCGGAAAAUGUUGAUGAUGCAUUUCCAAUUGUAAAGUUCCAUUUUGAAGAUUCCCUCAUUUUAACAGUUUAUCCCCAUGAGUAUCUGUUCCAAAUUCGUGAAGAUGCUUGGUGUUUUGGUUGGCAGAACAGUGGAAUGCAAUCUAAAGAUGGUAAAGAUAUGAUUUUGUUGGGAGAUUUGGUGCUUUCAAAUAAGCUGGUUGUAUAUGAUAUUGAAAAUCAGACAAUAGGAUGGACUGAAUACAACUGCUCUUCAAGCAUCAGGGUGAAGGAUGAAAACUCUGGGACGGUGUAUUCUGUUGGUGCCCAUGACAUUGCUUCAGCUUCCAGUUUGACAAUCGAAGGAAUUCUAACAUUCUUGUCUAUACUAAUUGCUUUACUGCACAGUUCUAUAGCUUAAGAUUGUUGGAACCAGCGGUAUAGCAUUCUUUGAUAUUGUUGUACAAUAAUUCUUUCUUUUUCUUGAAUGAAAAUGUGUGGUUUUUGUUAUUUAUUAAUUUCUAUAUAUUUUUUGAAAGCUGCACUCAUUUGCGGCAAAUAAAGUUCUUAGUUUGAUUGGUUUGUUGGA